AUGGCUUGCGUCAUUGGAACCUCGCGAGAGCCACGCCGUGGGCCGCAGGCUGGCAAGUCUGGGGACCCCCGUUCCCAAAACGCCGAGAGGCACCCUGAUCAGAACAGGGUUCUUGGGUUGCGUCUCGGCAACAUUGGACUCGAAGGUCCAUUCCCUCGAGGCCUCCAGCUUUGCAGCUUCAUGACCGCCCUUGACAUGUCCGGCAACAACUUCUCAGGGCCGCUCCCGGAACACAUCUUCGAGCAGAUGGCAUACAUAACCUACCUCGACCUCUCGAACAAUAGUCUCUCGGGUGUGAUCCCUGCAGGCAUCGCGAACAUGACGUACCUGAGCACGCUCGCCCUUCAGCACAACCAGUUCGACGGCGGAAUUCCGGCGCAGCUAGGCAACACUUCGCAGCUCAUUUCGUUCAAUGUCGCCGAUAACUCACUGUCGGGCCCUGUCCCGGACUCUUUGCAUCGCUUCCCGGCUGCCAACUUCACGGGCAACCCAGGGCUUUGCAGGGCGCCGCUCGACAAGAAGUGCAAGAAGAGCUUCAUGGUGCGGAUACACGUCCGUCUUGUUCGGAUUCGGGAGAUGUUUGUCCGGAUUCAUAAGCUGCUGCACAGGAUCAACGACGCGUCCAUCAUCGGGGCGUCGGCUGGGUUCAUCUUGGGGUUCGUGUUGGCCUUCUACUUUUCGCACAAGUUCUUGUUCUGUGGGAGGCUCCAGCCCUACACCUUUCGUGUUUGUGGGUGA